AUGGCUGCUACGGAGACGAUGGGAGUUGACCCGAUCCAGAAUCAUGCCUUGAACGAGUUCACCAGUGCCAUGCUAACCCUUACUGCCGGCCACAUCCGCCUGGGUGCUGUCACCGAACGGGCUAGGGCUUUAGAGCAGCGGCACAAGGAUAAACUCAAAGCUGCUGAGGCUAGACAUACUGAUCAGCUAGCGGCGGUGGCUAAGGAAAAGGCCCAAUUGGCUAAGGAGUUGGAGGAGAAGCUGAAGUCUCUGGAGAAAGCCCCUAUUUUUUUCAUUUCAUUUGGGGCCAAUUCAUUUCCUUCAAUUCCUUCUCCAUUUUCCUCAUCAUUCUCUCUCCUCUCUCUCGGAUCUCUUUCUCCCACCAGACCUCUCUCCUUCACUCUUUCUCUCUCACCUUUGUCUUUGUGGAGACCGACCGCUACCUUCCCCUACACGCGUCGGCUAGGGAUCUUCAGAGCCCGUCGAAGCUUCGACCACACGGGCCCAAACCCUCACACGACACCAGAGGCGAACGACGUCACCGGAGGCCAGCUCUUCUCCUCUUCCCUGUGUGCAGCCAAGCCAUUGUGCUUUGUUGUGUAUAGGUAUGGCAAAGAAGUAUGUGACGGGGUUGUGGCGAAAUGUCUCACCGGUAGGCCUAAGACUGUGGAGAAGGCCCAGACCAUCUUUAUGCUUUGGAUUGAAUUGGAGGCUGUAGAGCCUUUCUUGGAUGCAAUGGAGAAGGCGAUAAAAGCCAAAGUUGCUAAAGCUGUUGUACCCGCAAUUGAUGUCAUGUUUCAAGCCUUAAGUGAGUUUGGAGCAAAAGUUGUAGCUCCAAAGAGGAUAUUAAAGAUGUUGCCUGAGCUAUUUGACCAUCAAGAUCAAAAUGUUCGUGCAUCUUCUAAAGGACUUACUCUUGAGCUUUGUCGAUGGAUUGGAAAGGACCAUGUAAAAUCAAUAUUAUUUGAGAAAAUGAGGGAUACAAUGAAAAAAGAAUUGGAAGCCGAGCUGGUGAAUGUAACAGGGGCAGCUAGGCCAUGUCGCAAAAUAAGGUCUGAGCAAGACAAGGAGCCAGAAAAGGAGGUUGUAUCUGAAGUUGUGGGUGCUGGCCCAUUUGAGGAAUCUACAUCUGAUGGUGUGUAAUACACAUAGUCUAUUAGAUUAUUCUUUUUCUUGGUUGAUAUUAAAUGACGACAAGUAGGUGUUCAAUCAGCGGGUAACAAGUGAUUACCAUUGUAGGAGUUUGACACUUUAGUGUUAUAUUUUAUUAGUUUUUUUACUGCAGAGAUGUUGGUUAUUUAGCUCUCCUGUUUAUGCAUAGUUUAACAUAUUUUAAUUGUCAGCUCCUCAGGAAAUAGAUGAGUAUGAGCUCGUUGAUCCUAUUGAUAUAUUGGCUCCUUUGGAGAAGUCUGGAUUUUGGGAUGGAGUGGUCAAUCUUCUUUCUUCUCUCCGUCAAACUAGUUCAGUUUUUUUUUUUUUGGUUGUAGUGAUUUAAUUUAGGAAUAUUUGGUUUUGAUGUUCCUGUACUGCUAUUAACAUCUUGUGCCUUAUGUCACAGAAAGCAACCAAGUGGUCAGAACGGAAAGAGGGUGUUGCAGAGCUAACCAAGCUUGCUUCAACAAAAAGAAUAGCACCCGGUGAUUUCUCAUAAAUCUGUCGGACACUAAAAAAGGUACAUUGUCUUUUUAUGUUUGGGUAUUUCGUUUGCAUCGUUUAUACCUCUAUCUAUUGCCAAGGAUCUUUUUAAUAUUGCAUAGUUAAGUGUUCAAUCUGCUCCAUUAAGUUUUAACUUCAUGCUUUAUAUUCUUACUUCUGUUAUAAGUUUAUACUUGCUUUUUGAGUUGAUGAAUAAAAAUCAUUUAAUUCUUUUU